UCGUUCUCCUUUACGAGUGGCUGCUAUUGGUGAUGGUGGUAAUGAUGUAUCUAUGAUUCAAGCUGCACAUGCAGGGAUUGGAAUUGACGCUAAUGAAGGGAAGCAGGCGUCACUGGCAGCCGACUUUUCUAUUCCUCAGUUUGCUCAUAUCUGCCGCUUAUUGCUUGUUCAUGGGCGUUAUUGUUAUAAGCGGUCUUGUGCACUCUCUCAGUUCGUCAUGCAUAGAGGUCUCAUCAUAUCGAUCAUGCAAGCCAUUUUCUCAUGUGUAUUUUAUUUUGCUUCAGUUUCACUAUAUCAAGGCGUCCUAAUGGUUGCAUAUUCGACUGUGUACACAAUGUUACCGGUGUUUUCCCUGGUGGUUGAUCGAGAUGUUACUGCUUUGAACGCUUUAACUUAUCCCGAGCUCUAUAAAGAGCUCGGAUCAGCAAUCAUGUACGGCGCUCUGCUUGUGUUCGAUUCCGAUUUUAUUCACAUUGUAUCCAUCAGUUUCACUGCACUGAUCGUCACUGAGCUGAUUAUGGUAGCACUUACCAUACAUACUUGGCAUUGGGCCAUGCUUCUUGCUCAGGCUCUUUCGUUAAGCUUAUACGCAGGAUCACUGCUCUUAUUGGAUAAUUUCUUUGAUCGUCAAUUUGUUACGACAUGGAUUUUUUUGUCAAAAACAACAGCUAUAACGGCAAUUUCAUGUUUUCCGCUUUAUAUCAUUAAGGCACUUAGAAGACGAUUUUCACCUCCAUCUUAUGCUAAAGUAAAUUAG